AAAGCAUGUCACGUGAGUGCUGAGUCUAACCGUCUGUCCAUAGCUGAGUUUAGUCAACUGUACCAGCCGAGGACACGAUGAACACACUGGUGACCUUCUCCAUCCCCUUGUUAUUCAGUUCAUUGGUCUGGAGUGGAUAUCUGGAAUAUGACCAAGAUGUCAUGAUACCAGAUGACUGGACUCAUGUGGGUCGGGUGGAUCCCACAGAGGAGCUGGAGCUGACCUUCGCCCUGAAGCAGCAAAACGCUGACCUGCUGGAGGAAAUACUCACCCUGGUGUCGGACCCUGACUCAGCACAAUAUGGUAAACACCUUACCCUGGAGGAAGUAUCCUCCCUUGUGCGUCCGUCUGAACAGACUCAAAAAGUGGUGCAUCACUGGCUGCAGAGCCAUGGCAUUAGUAACUGCCUGACUGUACGCACUAGGGACUUUUUACAAUGCACAAUGACUGCAGAGGUUGCAGAGACGCUGCUUCCAGGUAGCAAGUUCCACCGUUACAUCAGGGACGGCCAUUCUCUGGUGAGGUCUUCAGCUCCGUACUCUGUUCAUGAUGAUGUUCACCAGCACCUGGACUUUGUUGGAGGGCUUCACCGCCUCCCUCCUAAAGGGCAGGACCUCAAUAAAGCCUCUUCUAACAGGAAGCAAAAGCAGUCCAAGGCUGGGGUGCACCUUGGAGUGACUCCUGCCAUCUUAAGGGCCCGCUAUAACCUCACAGCAACUGAUGUGGGAACAGCUCAGAACAACAGCCAGGCUGUAGCUCAGUUCUUGGAGCAGUACUACAGCCCUGCAGACCUGGCAGAGUUUAUGGGCAUUUAUGGCAGGAGCUUCAAGCAUCUCUCUCAGGUGGACCGGGUUGUAGGCACUCAAGGAGGAGGAAAGGCUGGCCUGGAGGCUAGUCUGGAUGUAGAGUACAUCAUGAGCACAGGGGCAAACAUCUCCACAUGGAUCUUCACCAAUCCAGGUCGUCAUGAGUCACAGGAGCCUUUCCUCCAGUGGAUGGUUUUGCUCAGCAACAUGUCUGACCUGCCCUGGGUUCACACUAUCAGCUACGGAGACGAUGAAGACAGCCUGUCUACUGCGUACAUGAUGCGCAUCAACACAGAGUUUAUGAAGGCUGGCGUCAGGGGACUCUCCUUGCUUUUUGCUUCUGGUGACAGUGGUGCAGGCUGCAGACAUUUGGGUAAAGAACAAAACUCUUUCAGACCAAGUUUUCCUGCAUCAAGCCCAUAUGUGACUACAGUAGGAGGAACUUCAUUCAAGAACCCAUUUAAGGUCACAUAUGAAGUCACAGAUUACAUCAGUGGAGGAGGCUUCAGCAACGUCUUCAAGAUGCCUGACUACCAAGCCAGUGCAGUGGAUGGGUAUUUGAAGACUGUAACGGCAACCCUCCCUCCUCAGUCAUAUUUCAAUACCAGCGGCAGAGCCUAUCCGGAUAUUGCUGCCCUGUCGGAUAACUACUGGGUGGUCAUCAACAGAGUUCCUGUCCCCUGGGUGUCUGGGACCUCGGCGUCAACGCCUGUGGUUGGAGGCAUGCUGUCUCUCAUCAAUGACCAGCGGCUGCUAAAGGGCCUGCCUGCCCUGGGCUUCCUCAACCCUCGCCUCUACAAGCUCAAAGGACAAGCUCUCUUUGAUGUGACUGAAGGCUGUCACCUGAGCUGUCUGGAUGAACAGGUUCAGGGUAAAGGUUUCUGUGCUGCACCAUCGUGGGAUCCUGUUACAGGCUGGGGGACACCGAACUACCCUGCACUGCUGGCUGUCCUGCUAGCUGAGUGAAACCCCCCCAGUUCAUGAGUGAAACCAUCAGGGUGGCAUCUGCUCUGAGAGCAGGUACAUACAUGGACAUAUAUAUGCACAUCCAAAGGCAGGGCACUGCAGAAGAGGGAAAACAAUGUCUACACUUUAAAAUGUAUGCCUGUUUUAUUGAGUUCAUUUGAGGUUGAAACACUGCAUUAUUCAGGAACAUUUUUAUCUGUAUAUUUUUGUUCUCCAAAAGGUUUAAAACUGUUUCCUUAAAUAUUUUGUAGGUCAGGGAUAGUGGUGGUUAGAGAUUUUAAACGCUACACUGCAGUUGCUUGUUUCUGCUGUUCGCUGCAAUAUAACUGACCCAGAUUUCUCUUUGAAUCAAAAACAUUUACAGGCAGAUUAGUGUUAACUGUAAUCUUAUGCCUUAAAUUCAUGCCACUAGAUACAGAAAUUGGAAGGUUGGCUAAGUGGUUGCUAUGCAUUCAAGAACAUGUACUAAAAUACACACACCAGUUCAAGUUCUUAGAUGUACACAUAGGCCUAUUUAAGUACUUUUUUAUAUUGAUAGUGUUAUGUUUAGCUGGCACAAGAAUCUAUAUACAAGAUGCAAUCAUUUCACAAAAUCAGACAAUUUAGCAUGAAAUUAGACACAUUUUGUUUGUAUUAAGACAGAUGGCUAAAAUGUGUAAUAGUGUCUAUUUUGCCAUACUACUAUGCAGGGAUAAGCUAGGUACAAGUCAUCAUUUAAUGUAGUAACAAAUAGACCAUUGGCAUGCAAUUCUAAAAAUGUACUCAUGUAUUUCAGAUAAAACUGGAACAACAAUAAGAUUACCAGGACCUUUUUAAAAGUUGAUAUUUACUUUGGUUUGUUGUGGUUUACUCUGUUAAAUUAACCAAAUGCACUGUACUAUGUGGGUUAAAAGUGAUUUAGCAGUUCUUCCCACCAGCAUUGUUGCAGUUGUUUUUAUCCUUAAACCACGUAAAUCCUCAAGUCAGAUAUUUAAUGUGAGAGACUGCCUGUGCGAGUUUAUUAAAGAUGGAUUUUUAAUUGACAAUGUGAAUUGAUUGUCCAGGAUUACCCUGUGAAGGCUGCUCUAUAUGCUAUAGUUUUUAAACAUGUACCACAUGCUUGUGCAAAAGAAAAUGUAAUGGAAAUGAAUUGCCAACAAAUCAUGUUACAACUAAAGACUUGAUUAUAACAUCUGAGAUGAGCAGCUGGCAAAGUGAGCAAAGAGUAUCUCUUAAAGGCGUUAUCCAAAUUAAACAUUUAAUUUCCAAUGCAUAUUUUGA